AUGGCAGAACUACACGUAAUCGGUGAGCUACGCACGGCAGUGGACUUUGAAGAACCCAACCUCUUCUGCCGGUGGAGCGUACAGUUUGGUUCCUCUUGGAAGGUGAUUGAAGGAUACGCCGAAGGGCAAUCCUGCUGCAGUACGGCGCGCAUCGAGCAGCGGUCAGACUUUUGCACCCCCAUCGAUCUGCACCUGGCGUGUCGCGGUAUCCAAGGUUGGCCCAAACUGCACGUGGAGGUGUUCGCCGUGAACGCGCUCCAGCAAUACUGGCCGGUAGGAUACGGUUUCGCUUUCAUUCCGACGUGCCCAGGACACCAUCGGGUGCAGAUCGCCACCUGGAAAGUAUCAUCACCGCGGAUAGCCGACACAUUACGGGAACGAUUCCAUACAGGAGGAUUCUCGCUGGCCAAGAGCGACAUCGCGUUCUCCGGUAUUGAACGCUACAAGUUGCUCACCAAAACGUCCGGCACGGUCGAGCUGGAAUUGAUGCUGAUUUUCAAAAACUUCGUCGAAUAUGGGGUCGAGCUGCACUAA